CAAUGGCUCGUUGGUUCCUCCCUAGCUGCAGCUGUGGGCUGGUGGCAGGUGCAAUGAGCUACGUGAACAUUUGGGGUUUGUUUGGAAAGUGUUUGGGCAUCUUUUGGAAGCGGCGUGGAAGUAAAUAGUCACAGGGUCUCCUGUAGGAUCACAGCCAUGUUUCAGGUCUGAAAUCACCAGCAGCCAGGACCAAGAGAGGGAGCUCCUGUGAUUGUGGAGAAAUUAAAGGGAUUUCACUCUCAAGGUCAGUCUCAAGGACUGGGCACAGCUUACUCAUCAGUCCCUGAAGCAACAUUCCCCUUCCAUCAGUGACAUUACAUGGAAUGGGUGUGUUCCCUGUGGCUCUGAAACGUAUUCUAAUAGAGAUAAAUUUCCUCCCCCUAAUCUCAGCCUUUGGGUGUUCCUUGUUUUGGGAAGUGCUUUAAAUCUGUCUGCCAGAGACAUGGACUGCUAAAGCCAGAGACUGACUGCCACAAUGCUGAGCUCAGACCUUCCUCGCGUUCUGCUGCUGCUUACGGCCGUGGAGCUGAGCUGGGGGUCCCUUAGUGAUGAAGACGAGAGGCUGAUUUUGCAGAUGCACAAUAUCUACCGCUCUCAGGUCUCCCCACCUGCUGCAGACAUGCAGAAGUUGAGCUGGGACCCAGACCUAGGUGCCUUUGCCAAGGCCUAUGCAGAGAAGUGCAUCUGGGACCACAACAAAGACCGUGGCCGGCGAGGUGAGAACCUCUUUAUCAUGAUGGAGGAGCUGGACCUGCAGCUGGCCAUGGAGGACUGGCACGGCGAGUACCAGUACUACAACCUCACCGCCACCAAGUGUGCCAUGGGGCGCAUGUGUGGCCACUACACCCAGGUGAUCUGGGCAAACACCUUGCGUAUCGGCUGUGGGGCACACUUUUGUGAGACUGUGGAGGGCAUUGAGGAACGUGACAUGCACCUGCUGGUUUGCAACUACGAGCCCCCUGGUAACAUAAGGGGACGAAAACCAUACAGGGAAGGAUCCCCCUGUUCUCUGUGUCCCGAGGGCUAUAAAUGCAUCAAUUCGAUGUGUGAACCCAGUGUAGACUCAGAAGAGACUCCUAUACCCACUAUGACAACAAAGCCUAGUCGAACCACUACCGCCAAGCUAGCACCUACCACUACCAUUCGAACACAUGCCUCCACCACGUGCCGAGCACGUACCAGAACCAGACCAGCACCGACCACAACAAGCCCAACACCCACCUCUGUCCCAAUGCCAGCAUCUACUACUGCCCCAACACCCACCACAACCUCCAAACCCACCACUAUCACAAAACCAGCACCCACCAUGACCACCAAAACCAGUCCAACACCCCCCACAACUAUAAGGUCAACACCCACCACAAUGGCAAGGCCCAAUCCCACUACAGAAGCUGAGCCAACAGCCUCCAUAGAGCCCACUUUAGACCUGGACGUUGAGACCUCUCCAGAAAUGCAGGUAGACUCUGAAGAGGCAACAGAGGCUCUGCCUUUAGAUCUGGACCCGACCUUCGGCCCUAAUGCCACUCCAGAGGUAAAUGGGGAGAGGAAGGAGGUCUCUUUGAGAGCUGAACAGGCUUUCCCCUCAGAGCCACCUCCAUCCCUUGAGCUAAUUUCUUCAGAAGCUGAUCUAAGCUUGGAAGAGGCCAAGCAGAUUCUAACUACUGUAAAGCCAGUGCCCUCCAACCCUAAGGCGCCUACCCUCCUGCGUUUAGUGUCAUCUUCCAAAGACCUCACUUUCCAGUCCUUGUCAGGUGCCAAGGAGAUGGAAGAAAUAUCACCAGAUGGGCACCACCCCAAGACUUCAUCUGCCAGCAACAUCCUGGAGCUCUCUUUUCUAUUACUGGCCAGUUCCCUCCUGAGAGCCCUUCUGCUCUGAAGGUUCAUUCUUAGCGAUCAGUGCUCUGGUCAAGCAAACUCUCCUUCAUUACUGACUGUCCCACUACACCGCUGGGUACUGGGUGCACCACUGGCACAAGGGGGAAAGACUUGACUCAGCUAACGCACUCCAGUCUGAUUCUAGUUAUACUCACAUUCAGGCUCCCUCACCCAAGAGGCCAAAGGCAGUCCUGUGAACCCAUUAUUCCCUAGAUACCAAUGAAAGGGGCAUAGAAGAAAGCUCCCAGCUUAUCUGUGGAAGGGCAGGAAAA